CUAUAUAUAUGCAAACACCAUUUAACCAUUCACUUGGAAUAUGGUCCCUCCCUAAAAUAUGCAACUAUGGCUUUUUAUGGAAAUCAUCAUCUCUUCAUCCAAACCCAAACCGUACCCACGCUUAGAAGCUUGAAACCAGCAUUACUACUACAUACACAGCCUUCAAGUGUUGUUCCAAAUACUCGAAGAAGUUCACAUGUACAUCACGUUGUGAAUCCUCAAACAACCAACACCGAUCCAUUGUUAUUGACAAGGCGGUCUGCCAACUAUCACCCAAAUAUUUGGGAUUAUGAGUUUGUAGAAUCUCUAACUAGUGAUUAUAAGAGUGAGAUCUGUACGAAUAGAGCCGAAAAGCUGAAGGAAUAUGUAAGAGACAUGUUCGAUGCAGCCAGUGGAUUGCCGUAUUCGUUGAAGCUGGUCGAUACUAUCCAAAGGCUAGGACUGGAUUAUCAUUUCCAUGCUGAGAUCAAGAAAGCCCUCGACAAAAUCUAUAUUAAUAGCAAAAAUUAUCAUGUUUCUCAGAAUAACCAGACUAUAGAAGCACUAAAGUUCAGGCUCUUUAGACAACAUGGUUAUGAAAUCUCUCAAGAUGCUUUAAAGAGAUUCAUAGAAGAGAUAAAUCAGAACAAAGGAAAUGCUAAAGACUUGGAGGGUCUGCUGAGUUUAUAUGAAGCUUCAUUCUAUGCUUACCAAGGGGAAGAAGUUUUGAUUGAAGCCCAACAAGUCACAAGCAAACAUCUCAAGAACUGCCUAAAAGAAAGAAAUGAUAACAGAAGUAGCAUGUCGAUUUUUUUGGAAGAGGAGAUUAGUCAAUCCUUGGAUCUUCCUUUGUUGUGUAGAGUGCCGAGAAUGGAGGUUCGGCGGUACAUAAAUAUGUAUGAGAUGAAACAGGAUAUGAAUCCUACCUUGCUCGAAUUUGCUAAACUCGACUUCAAUAUUGUGCAAGCAACAUACCAUGAAGAUCUGAAAUAUGCUUCCAGGUGGUGGAAGGACUUAGCCCUUGAUGAGUCACUAGGUUUUGCUAGAAACAGAUUAGUGGAAUGUUUUCAUUGGAGUAUAGGGCUUAACCCUGAGCCUAAAUCCGGAAAUGUGAGGAGGCAAAUCACAAAAAUAGCUUACCUGAUUACUGUAAUUGAUGACGUUUAUGAUGUUUAUGGUUCUUUGAAUGAACUCAAGCUAUUUACGGAAGCUGUGGAAAGGUGGGAUAUAAACACAGUGGAUAACCUUCCACAUUACAUGAAGAUAUGUUUUUUUGCUCUGUAUAACACCGUUAAUGAAAUGGGUUAUGAGAAUCUAAGAAGCAACAUUAAUCUAGACGUUAUUCCGUACUUGAAGAAAUCGUGGGAAAAUAUAUGCAAAGCAUUCUUGGUAGAGGCUACAUGGUACUACAGUGGUUACAUACCAACAUUAGAAGAAUAUACAAACAACGCAUGGAUUUCGGUAUCAGGGCCUCUGCUGAGCAUCCAUGCUUAUUGUCAACUUGGAGAGAAGGAAAAUACAAAAGAAGCAUUUGAGUACAUGAGCAAAAACCAAUGUGAUCUCAUACAUUGGUCAUCUAUGAUCUUUCGACUUGCAAAUGAUUUGGCAACUUCAAAGAAUGAGCUAGAAAGGGGAGAUGCUGCAACAUCAGUACAAUGUUACAUGCAUGAAACAGGUGUCUCGGAGUUUGUUGCUCGUGAACAUAUGCAGCAUCUGAUAAGUGCUUCAUGGGGAAAAAUAAAUACAACUCUAUCGUCUUCACAGGGUGUUUUAUCAAGUUCCUUUAUCAACACUGUCCAAAAUUUAGCUAGAAUGGGGCAGUAUACGUACCAAUUUGGAGAUGGUCAUGGCAUACCAAAUCGCGAAUCAAAAGAUCGGAUAAUGUCCAUUAUUGUUAAACCCAUUCCAGUUUAAGAGAUGGAAGGCUGAAAUAAACUAAUAUUUAUUUAAAGUUACACGAAAAUGUAAUUCUUGUUUGUUAGAGUCGUUGUAAAGAGUUCUCUAAAAUUCAAAGCCGUAGAGAAAUUAACCAAAAGUAUACUGUACCCUAUAAAUAGGCAUCAAGAACACUCGUUAAUUUUUGAAGAAAGACCAAAAAAAGGUUUGAUAACGGUGAUCAUUCUUUACUUCACGACCCAACAUGUUAUCUUACAUCUGUAAGAGUUCAUAAUGUCUAUUUUCUAUAUUCAAUAACAGUUCCUUUUUGGCAGUGUUUUAGAUUAA